GGAGAGGAGGGAGAGAAAGACAAGGAACGCGAGAAAGAAAAAGAGAAAGUAGAGGAAGAGGCCAAGCCGGAAGAUGCAUGUGCGGCAGAAACAGAAGUAAAGGAGGAAGGAGAAAAAGAGGAAGAGAAACAGGAGGAGAACACGGUGGAGGAGGAGGAGGAGGAGGAGGGGAAGAAGCAGAAAGCAUCUCGCCGCCCCAGGAUCAUGCACUGCAAAGUCAAGCUGCUGGAUGAUUCUCUCUUCGAGUGUGAGCUGGAAAAACAUGCCAAAGGCCAGGAUCUGUUUGCAAAAGUGUGCGACCACCUGAACCUAUUAGAGAAGGACUAUUACGGUCUGGCCAUAUGGGAGACGCCAAACAUAAAGACAUGGCUGGACUUCACCAAGGAGAUCAGGCGGCAAGUACAAGGCAGCAACUACGAUUUCACAUUCAAUGUGAAGUUCUACCCACCUGAUCCAGCCCAGCUAUCAGAAGACAUCACCAGGUACUACUUGUGUUUGCAGCUGCGGAAGGACAUCAAGAACGGCUGUCUGCCCUGCUCUUUCGUGACCCUGGCCCUGCUGGGCUCUUACGCCCUGCAGUCUGAGCUGGGCGAGUACGACCCCGAGGUGCACGGCACUGACUAUGCCAAGGAGCUCCAGCUCAUCCCAGGACAGACCAAAGAGCUGGAGGAGAAAGUCAUGGAGCUUCACCGCACAUACAGAUCUAUGAGUCCGGCUCAGGCUGAUAUGAUGUUCCUGGAGAAUGCUAAAAAACUGGCCAUGUAUGGUGUUGAUCUCCACCAGGCAAAGGAUCUGGAUGGAGUGGAUAUAAUGCUGGGCGUUUGCUCCAGUGGCCUGAUGGUGUAUAAGGACAAGCUGAGGAUCAAUCGAUUUCCCUGGCCGAAAGUUCUCAAAGUCUCCUACAAACGCAGCAGUUUCUUCAUCAAGAUACGACCAUCUGAUCUGGAACAUUACGAAAGCGCCAUUGGCUUUAAACUGCCCAACUACAAGGCCUCCAAGAAACUGUGGAAAGUGUGUGUGGAGCAUCACACAUUCUUCAGGUUGACGUCCACAGAAGCGGCCACCACUCCCAGGAAGUUCCUGGCUCUGGGAUCGAAGUUCCGCUACAGCGGCCGAACUCAGGCCCAGACCCGCCAGGCCAGCUCCGUGAUUGACCGACCCGCUCCGCAUUUCCAGCGCUCCGCCAGUAAGAGGGCAUCCCGCAGCUUAGAUGGAGCCAUGGUCUCGACCCCGGAUAAGAACGCCCGUCCCGUCAGCGCUCCUAUCAUAUCUCCCAUCUCUCCAGGCGACAUGGCUCCUUCCCCAGUAGCAUCUGCCACCCGCACUGACCGUAAAGAGACGUCCAUGCCCACGGGCCGUCCACGCUCCACUGAGAGGAAGAGUGAGGUGAAGGCAGAUGGCUCCAAAACACACAGCACCAAAGCAGAGGGCACACCUGAAAUCAAGAUGGUAGCCCGGCGAGAACGGCGGCACCGUGAUGCCCCGGUGGUGAUGGCCACCAAUGGGGAGAGAAAGAGCCAGUCGCCACGGGCGGACACAAAGAUGGUGCGCAUGAGGAAGAAAAGAGCUAAGAAAUUUGAGGGUGAAACUAUUUAUAUCAGACAUAGCAAUUUAAUGUUGGAGGACGUGGAUAAGACACAGACACAAAUCAUGCGUCAUCACACCAGUAUCAGCGAGCUCAAGCGAAGCUUCAUGGAGUCGGUGCCCGAGCCCAGGCCCAGCGAGUGGGACAAGCGUCUGUCCACUCACUCGCCCUUCCGCACCGCCAGCUUCAACGGCCAGCUGCAGCCCGACUCUCCUGUGGUGAAGACGAAAACGAUCACCAUUUCUGAUGUCACCAACUCCCUUCGCAGCGAAAUCGCCAGCAAGGACAUCCCGAUUGUGCAUACAGAGACCAAGACCAUCACAUAUGAGUCCGCACAGCCCAACGCGGUGUCAGAGAAGGAGUCUGGGAUGCUGUUGAGUGCUCAGACCAUCACUUCAGAGACUGUCAGCACCACCACCACAACCCAGAUCACCAAGACGGUGAAAGGCGGGAUCUCAGAGACCCGUAUCGAGAAGAGAAUCGUGAUCACUGGAGACACUGAGAUUGACCAUGAUAAGGCUCUUGCUCAGGCUAUAAAGGAGGCGAAGGAGCAGCACCCUGACAUGUCUGUGACGAAAGUGGUGGUGCAUCAGGAAACAGAGAUCACCCCUGAGUAACUCCUGCAUGAGACACAGGGUGAAAAAACGGGACCAGUCGGGUUUAUGAAUGUUAAAAAACAACGCAAGAUCCCUCACAUCCAACCUCCUACCAUCAACCCACCGAGUUCCCCUCACGGACAAACUCUUCCUGUAACAGCGCAUGUCCCACCCAGCUAUUGCCAUCUGAGACACCACUUUCCAGACCCUAAACAUCUGUCAGAUUUCAAGCGUCGUACAGCAAACUGAGCAUCCAACAUCUACUCCAGAAGCAGAAUUCAAAGACCAGUUCUCAUCCACUUCUCAACACCUCGGACAGACUUUUUCCAAAAAUCCUGCCUGACCUCCACCACAUCAAAGACAUUCCAUGACGGACUGAACCAUGUUUUCUAAAACAGUGGCUAAAGAGCAACUUUUUAUCUCAAAUUCAUACGGUAUUUUUGGGGUGGAUUCCAAAGGGAUGGUUCACAUAAUAACAACUGGGCGGUGGGAAUUUUCUAAAGUGUCAAUUUGUUGUCGUUUAA